AUGUUCAAGGCCACUUCGAUCCUGUCCCUGGCGUCUUUGCUGGCACUCGCUUCAAGCACUCCUGUCAUCCAGACUCGUCAGCAAAGCAACGACAAACCUUUACUACAGGACUUCGAUUCACUUGGUGCUUGGUUCGACGGAGUCGCCGCAAUCAGCUCUACAGCGAUCCCACGCCGCGACAAUGUCUCGAUUGCGAUUGUUGGAGCUGGAAUCACCGGCCUGUCAACAGCACUCAUGCUCGAAAGCAUCGGUAUCCACAAUUGGGAGAUCAUAGAAGCCAGCGAUCGAGUUGGAGGGCGGUUCAGGACGAAGUUCGUGGGCGGUACGCAGGAGUUUGCAGAGAUGGGGCCGAUGCGACUGCCCUACAGCAUCACGUACAAGAGCGACAACUCUACGCAUGAGUACACUGAUCAUCGCAUGGUAUGGCAGUUGGCGGAUUGGCUGAAUGAGCUCAAUCAGCAUGAUCCGAAAUGGGAAGUGGGCUUCAUACCUUGGAUUCAGCACUCUCCAAAUGAGCUUCUUGCGAGAGGUACCGGACGACAUCCAGAUGGUCGUAUUCCUACAAGAGCGGAGAUUGCUGCUAACGCAAGUUUGGCGUCGAAGUCCGGACUGUCUACCCAGGAGUACAAGGACACCAAAGCAGAGAUGGACAAGCUCUUGAAGGACGAGAAGACUUUGAAGUCGAUCCAGCGAGACGUCUGGCGUGCACACAAGCAUGCCAUGGAGGCGAAUCUGGAUGACUAUUCCGAGCAAGCUUUGAUGCGGACUGUGUUAGGUGCAAGCGAGAAUGUUACCGAUUCCAUCUGGACAGGAACCGACUAUGAUGUCUUCUGGGAUGAGAUGGUCCACAAUUCCAACCUAGCGCAGGAAGGUAGUGACAGUGCUCUGGGUGAGACUGAAUGGAAGUGCGUUGAUGGUGGCUUCGACCGUCUCUCCGAUGCGUUCAUUCCUCAUGUCCAGGACAGGCUGUUUCUCAACCGCAAGGUGACGAAAGUAGAGGCCAUCGAGUCCGGCAACACCACCAGCAAGAACCGCAUCACCUGGCAGACAGGAUCCGGCAAGAACCGUACCUUCGGGUGCAAAGAGUACGACUACACCCUCAUGGCCGCUCCCUUCACGAUGACCCGCUUCAUGGACCUUCCAGCCUUCUCCUCGGUCCUCAGCCGCGCCAUCAGCGAAGCCGGUCUGCGAUUCAAGUCAGCAUGCAAGGUCGCCUUACUUUUCGAAGAACGCUUCUGGGAGAAAGGCGAACGCCCAAUAUUUGGUGGUUACUCUCAACCCGAAAGCAUUGCAGUCGGCGCUCUCUACUACCCGGGCUACGGCCUCAACGAGACUGGCCGUCCCGGUGUCAUCAUCCACUACCGCGGCGGAGACUGGAGCGACCGCUUCGUGAGCAUGUUCGACCAGACCCACGUCGAUCUCGUUCUUGAUGCUAUCGUCUCACUACACGGCGAGGAGGCCCGUGAUCUGUACACUGGUGAUUAUGAGAGACUUUGUUGGUUGCAGGACGAGUUCACGGCGACUUCGUGGACAAGGCCGGACGUCGAGCAGCAUAAGCUGUAUAUUCCGGCGUAUCAUAGAACGGAGAAGAAUAUCAUCUUUCUUGGAGAACAUACCGCACCAACGCAUGCGUGGGUCAGCUCGAGUCUGCAUGAGUCUGUGAGGGGUUCGGUGCAGUUGCUGCUGGAGCUUGGGAUGGUGGAGGAGGCUAAGGAGCUGAAUCAGAGGUGGAUGGGGCGGUGGAUCGGGUUGGAGGAUGAGUCCUAUGUCGUGUCGCCGGUGGCUGGAGUGCUGAAGAACUAA